GAAAACUGAACAAAAUGGUGCAAACAACAACAACAACAAGACGUAAAUAAAAGCAUGGCUGGCGCUUCAAACAGACUUAAACGCACUUCCCCGAUGUGCUACAAGGGAAAGAAUAUGCAGAAAGACGACGCUAAGAGCUCAAGGCUGAGGCUGGUUGCAGCAGACACAGAUAUGGGCAAAGCAGAAUUACAAGCAGAGUCAAAUCCAGACAGCAACAAGCAUGUUAAAGAUGCAAGAACAAGUAGAGAUACAGGAACAGUGGAAAGCUAUUCCAUCAAGAAUUCUCCAGUUACAACAAUCGAACCUUGUGGACAUCACAGAACUGUAACAGAAGUAACAGACGACACUUUAACCAGUCUGAUUAAAGAAGACAUUCCCGUUGGUGAUCCGUUAGCAGAGAAGUGGACGUUACAAGCUGGGAUUGACCAGUGGGAGGAAAAGUUACGACGGUUGAGCCUGGUAAAAUGCCACAAGGGGAACCUGUCCAAACUGCAGCAGCUGACAGCCAGGUGGCAACAGGUGAGCCAACAGGUGCUGCUGCAGCUGCAGGAGAGAGCACCUGCAGACGAAAGGCCCAGCCUUGGACAGCUGAUGGACCACAUGGGGAUAAAUGAAGACAUGUUAGAGCUGGACAGGGAACAGGACUGCUUCAACUGCUGAGAAAUGGCACAUUUUCAGGGCUCGAAACUAACAGUGUCCCAAUGGCCUGUGACCACUAAAAUUUAGGCUGGGACAACUAAAAGCACACUUUGGGACAUUUUUGGGACAUCAGAAUGUCAGCCCUUCUUUUGUUUGGCUCCAGAAAAAGCUCCCCAAAACUUCCUGUUUACUCCGCAAUUAUAUAUAGUGUGCAUGAAAGUCAGCAAAAUAAGCAAAAUAAA